AUGCAGAGAGACGCCUACGCAGCGAUUGUGCGAUACCGUAACCGGCGCAAGACCCCGGUGCGGGUGUUGCAGAUGAAUGGUGCCGUGUUCCACGAAAAUCUUAUGGAGGAUUUCUUCAUUGGUUACCGAAACCGCCGCUUGGCGCUCAUGACACACACGCCCGGCCAAGACCCACGACUUCCCCGCCUGCCGAAGGACAUUAUAGUCCCUAACUACAAAACAUUCUUGCGGAUUCAUCAGCCACACUUUAUGUACCGACUUCUGCCUCUCCUGAGCUCAGAUGUGGAGGCCUUUGCAGCGAUGCAGGCAAUCUGUGCCAGCCCUGGAUCGCCAUUUACGAUUGAGGACCGCCUCGAGUCGCAGCUCCUCAACUACCGCCUGUCCAAGAUGUGCGCUGGCCGCGACAGGAUCUGCGAGUUUUUUAAGGACUACACAAGUCCAGAGGAACUGCGGAUGCCCACCGCAACGCGCGCGUUGCCGAUUGUGGGAACCUUCUUUCAGGGACUCAUGGUGCACGAUGGGCUGGUGGCGGCAACACCGCAAACGACGUUGUUCAGACCCCCUACAACCGAAGAAGCGGCAGAGGUACCCUCCUCGACAAGCACCGGUGAUAGCAAAGGAGAAUCCUCGGCAGCAGCCGCUUCAGUCGGUGACGGAGGCUUUGUUGUAGAAAGCUCUAAUGGGAGCCUCGACAGUACCAAGCGAACCUCCCACAAAAAGCGAGCCAACGCAUCUAUUGCGGCUCUCCUCACCACCCAUGACAUACUGAGCGAGGCUGCGAUCACCCAGCGGUCCCUCAUGGCUAAGUUCUUAGAGUCCGAUUUGUACAAUCAAUUUGGCUCCCCAUCGGUGAUCGCGGCAAAGGUGCGCUCGGUGGAUGAACGAAUGCACUUCAUGGCCGUAAAGCGGGUCUGCGCGGGGCGAACGAGCACAGCAGAGAACAUGCGCGUUCGUGUGCGCCUCCUCGAACUCGCAAGGAAGCAAAACCUUCACGUGUACGAGAAGGUUGACGAAGGUGAGUACGCUUACGCAAUGAUGUGA